AUGGAGCACGCACUUACAUGCAAUAACCUCAAAUGUCGAAGAGAGCUGAGCGAACGUGCACUUGUGACGACAUGCAGCCAUAUCUUCUGCAUGGAAUGCGCCCAGCGACUCGGUGUCAACGGACAGGAAGCUGAUCGCCGCAACACAUGCCCUGCCUGCCAUUCGCAACUAACCAAUCCGGACGACGCCGUGAUUACGAACCUGAAUCCAAGUGAAGACUACAAGACCAGUGUUCUAAGCGGACUUAGCCCCAACGUCAUUAUGGAAUGUGCUGGCCGGGCUCUCAGCUUCUGGGCUUACCAGACCACCCAAGACAUCUAUUACCAACAGUAUUUAUACAAAACCCUGACCGACAAGUACUCAAAUCUCAGCGUCCGCCUCGAGAAGACCGUAAACGACGCUAAUUCGGAGAUCGAGGGUCUUCACCACAAGUUGUCAAGUCUAGCAGCAGAACAGGAUGCUCUGCGGCGCAAGAAUGACGAAAUCUCCCGAGCUUACAAAGACAAAAGUCGCAAGGUCCUGCAGUUACAAGAACUCUACGACAAAGUCAAGAGAAAAGCUGAGCUUGGUCAGAUUCGGAGGGCAGCAUCGGAUGCUGUUGACUCAACCUUACAAACAACCCAGAUGGACUCGGGCUAUGAAAUUAACUUGCCUGCACAAAGCCAUGCUGAAAACACCCCUCUGUCAGCCUUUAGCCAGAGUCAUCGCAUUGAUAUCUCAGGAAUGAACACCGGCCUCUCACGAAACUAUACAAAUAUGACAAGAGAAGGAAACCAUUGGCCACGACUAGGAGUGCCAUCUCAUCGCGAUACAUCAGAGGCCCCUGUUGGUGGUCUCCGCCGAUCUGGUAUCAACACAACAUCCGUACACCAAACGGCGACAUUGCCAACUCUCGCGGGAACCCCAAUUCCUAGUUUUGGUGGUACAAGACAGUCUACAAACACAUUCGCUCCAGGCUUCAGUCAUCAUCGGGGUAGCCUGGCAGGUGUUGGACUAACAUCCGGCAUAAAAGUCAGCCAAGCGAAUAACCCACCAGCAUUGGAUAUGCCCUCAAGGCAUCUAUGA